UUAAUAAAAAUAACCAACGGCCAAGAUUAAACCACAGACCAUUUCACCAGAUGAACCUAUUUGAUUGCGAAGAAGACAAAGAAGAAGCACCAUCCAUGGCGGCGAGACUCGCCGGCAACGUCCUCGCCACCGCCACCCACCACCACCACCACCGCUUCACCACGUGGUCAAUGACCAAAGACCCAUUCCUCGAGUCUGCCCUCUCCCGCAACCGCCGCUGGAUCGUCAACAACCAGAUCAAGCAAAUCCUCCUCCGCUCCCCCGGCCGUGUCUCCACCGUCCGAUCUCUCCAGAAGCGAUUCAAGACCCUCGAUCUUCAAGGCCGCGCCAUCAACUGGCUCAACAAGUACCCUUGCUGUUUCACUGUAUUUACAGAGUCGCCCUCCACCGAGCUCCUUUUCGGAUUCUCUAAACGGAUGUUUGCUUUAAUCGAAGAAGAAGGAUCCGUUAUGGAAGCCCAAGAACCCGUUAUGGUUCGCCGUCUCGCUAAGCUUCUUAUGCUCUCACGUGAUCACCGUCUCAACGUCGUUAAACUCAACGAGUUGAAGCGGAGCUUCGGGUUUCCGGAUGAUUACCUUCUUCGGAUCCUCCCGAAACAUCCGAAUACUUUUCGGAUCCGAAACCCGAUUGGGCGGCGGAACUCGAUGGAGAUCCAGCUUCUCCGGUGGCAGCCGGAGCUCGCCGUCUCCGCCGUGGAGGCUGUGGCGAUGGAGCGUGGGACGGAGACGAGGUUCGAGUGCGCGUUGCCUCUGAGUUGGAUCAAGACUAGAGAGAAGUUUCGGGAGUUCAAUGAUCGGACGCCGUAUGUGUCGCCGUACGCCGGUGAUCAUCGGUUGGAGAUGGAGUCGGAGGAGAAGAGGUUGGUUGGAGUGGUUCAUGAGUUGCUUUCUUUGACAUUGUGGAAGAAGCUGUCUAUUGUGAAGUUGGAGCAUUUCAAAAGGGAAUUUGGAUUGCCGGAGGAUUUGAGAGGGAUGCUGCUUCGGCAUCCAUGCUUGUUCUAUGUGUCAAAUCGAUACAAGAUAUAUACUUUGGUACUUAGAGAAGGGUAUAAGGGAUCGGAGCUUGUGGAGAAGGAUCCGUUGGUAGUGGUGAAGGAUAAAUUUGGGGAAUUGAUGCAGGAGGGGUUGCAUGAGUAUAAUAGAAGACGGUGUUUGGUGAAUUUGGAGAAGAAGAGGAAAAAAGGGGAGAUUUUAGUGAAAGAGAAGAAGGUGGAAGAGAAAGAGGAGGAAGUGGAUAGUGUGGAGAAGAGGGAGGAGAGGAAGAGGUUCUAUAAGGUUCUCUUUGAUGAAAAUCCAUGAGAAGAUUCAUAACCAGAGAUAAAAUGCUGCCAUAUUGAUUGGACAUGGAACCAUUGAACAAACUCUUGUCAAGGUCAACUCUAUUCCAAGGCAUGGUUGAGGUUUAUUGACUAUGUGGUGCAAAGAAAAAAAUCAUUCCGAUGAUUUAAUGACCCAAAUCCACCAUUCACAUCACAGUUCAACAUCAGAUUUCCAAGCCCACACACCAUAACAUGGACAGUGUCAACCGCCAAAAAAGUCUAACCAAAAGGUUCAAAACCCUCAAAACUCUAUAAAAGCGUUGAAAGGAACUCACUUCCCAUUCAUUGAAUCUGGCCACGACCCUUGUCAGAACCAUGCUACUUCUGAGAACCAUCCUGUUCCAAGGCUGAAUGAGUGGAUUCUCUCAUUCUUAUCAAGUAGAUCAGUAGCUGCUCAUCCCCAGCAUGAUCUUGAAAUCGGUAUUCUAUUUGUGUUUAAUCUCAUUGAUUUGUAUAUAAACCGAGUUAAACUAGUUAAUUAAUUGACUGCAUGACAAUGUGGCCAGGGCUUGGAGCUCCUUCUGUUUGGAAUAUUGUGAGUUUUCGCUCGGAUAAACAUGUUAUAAUAGUUUGAUUGCUUUCGUUUAA